GGCUGGCGUGCGUGGUGGAGGCGACUGCUCCCGACCCUCACACCCUCUGGCACACACGCACGCACAUGCACACGCCAGGCCUGACCCAGCGUUUGGCGGUGCGUGAGGCAAAGUGUGAGGUGCCGUGCCGUGGUUGUCCUGAGUCGCUCUGGUGCGUGGCAAUGUCCGCAUCGAGGCGCUUCUAGGAGAGACAGAGACACAGAAGAGAGAGAGAGAGAGAGAAAGAGAGAUCCCGCCGUUGUCUGACUCGAGGAACGGGGCAAGCAAGAAGAACCUAUCUCAUCUCACAACGCGUCCUGCGGAGAGGCACGCACGCCACGAUCAGCUCACUACCAGCUCACCACUCACCUCACUGACGCAACAUCGUGGCUAAUCGGGAAGAAACUACCACAAAACCAACAUCACCAAGCUCACUCCUCACAAGAACUCACCACCAUCCAUUACCCAAGGCCUCCCAUCACCUUUUAGUCACCUGAACCAACCCAGCACUAAAUCCUCCCAGCCAUUCAAUAGUUACCCUCUUCAGCAGGCCAGCAGACGCCUCGCAACGUACCCAGCGUAGUAAUCCUUCACACGUGGGCGAUAGAGGCUGAACGGGACGCGGCUGUGAGCUGAAAGAAAAAGGGGACUGAAAAGGGAAAGUGAGGAUGAGACUGUGGGUAGCGGUGACGGUGGUGGUCGGGGUGUUGGCGGUGGUGGCGGAGGAGGUGGAUGCUGCCAGGAAACGUUCACGCGCUCAUAGGAAGAGGCACAACAGAAGAAAAGAGCAGGAGGCGGAGGAGCGAGGGGUCACCGUCAGGCCGUGGAAAGGUUGGCGGCGUUGGUGGGAGACGCAGCCUGGAGAUGGUCGAGGCCGCCCGUACGCCCAGCACCACUAUGGCCGCCCACGCCCGCGCCCGUACGGCUCCAGACGCCACCCAAACUCCCUGCUCGGUCCCACUCAUGGUGGGAUGUCACAGUUAGCGGGCGGCGGUUUGGGCGGCACGGCGGGGCUGGAUCUGUCGGGAUUGGAUCUUGGGGAGUUGGGCGGUAACCUUUAUUCAGAGUGGAGUAACUGGUCCCGCUGCUCCCGACGCUGCAGGCAGAGGCGGCGCAGGUCAUGUCGUGUCCCCGUCGUGUGUGGCGCCGCCGUUCAGAAGGAGGAGAGAAACUGCUCCGGGGAGAGGUGCUCGGGACGGCGGCCUUUCCACAUCAUCAGGCCGGAGGAGUUCUCAAUGCAGUCUCCCAGGAAUGAUAUGCGGGUUCUCCUCAACUUCAAUUCCAUGUUCUACACCCGCUGGUCCCGCUGGUCACCCUGCAGCAGGUCGUGUCUCACCCGCCGGCACAGGUCGUGCAAGUACCCGCUGUUCUGUGGAGGCAGCGUGGUGCACGAGGAGGCCUAUUGCUACGUGGAGGGGUCAUUAUGUGAAAAAUGGUACCGCCGCAGCCGCCACCCGCACUCACGCAGAAGGAAGAUAGCGGAUGUGAGCACCUCCCCCUCGCCGUCCACCGCCCCGUCGCCGCCUUCCUCAGACAGGUCGCUGCCCCGGGAGUGUGGCAUCAGCAACGUCACCAGCCCGGCGUGGAGUCUACGCAUCAUUGGGGGCAGGAUGGCGCAGCCCGGCGAGUGGCCCUGGCAGGUGGUCAUCCUUAACCGCUAUCAUGAGGCGUUCUGCGGCGGGACGCUGGUUGCCCCUCGCUGGGUGAUGACGGCGGCCCACUGCGUCAGGAGAAAGCUUUACGUGCGCCUCGGGGAGCACGACCUGGCGGUGCAAGAGGGACCUGAAAUAGAGUACAAGGUGGCGCGAGCCGUCAUCCACCCCAUGUAUGACUCAACCACGGUGGACAACGACGUGGCGCUGCUGCUGCUGCCGGAGCCCGUGGAGCCCGGGCCGCGGGUGUCGCCAGCCUGCGUGCCGGAGCAAGGUGCGGAGCUGCCCGUGGGAGAGUCCUGCACUAUCAUCGGCUGGGGCAAAGAACGCAACACUCACAUCUUUGGCACCGACGUCCUUCACGAGGCUGAGGUACCCAUCAUCGACAACCAGGUGUGUGAGGCUGUUUACGAGGACUACUACAUCACGUCCAACAUGUUCUGCGCAGGAUACAAACGUGGCAGAGUUGAUUCCUGUGCAGGAGACUCUGGGGGCCCGCUGCUGUGUCACCGCCAAGGCCGCUGGUACAUUUAUGGCAUCACGUCCUUUGGUGAGGGGUGCGGGAAACGAGGAAAGUUUGGGAUCUACGCGCGGGUUUCCAACUACAGGAAUUGGGUACAGUCUGUGAUCGCCUCUAGCUUCACCUGAGUCUCAGCCCAACCUAACUUCGCCCCACCACUGUCACCUGAGGGAGGACGUGAUGCGCAUCUGUGGUCUUGGCCUGGACGUGUUACUCAUUGAAUUAAGACGUGUAGUGCAAAUCAGGAUCUACAGUUAUCAAGGCCUGUAUUUUGAAGCGCUCUGUUCCCUGGUAAGCACUGUUUUCUAGGACUACUUUGAUGAUUAGUGAAAGUUCUCGUAUUUUUCUUCCUGAUGGUGAUGUAGAAUCCUUGUUGACAUUCCUAGGAUCAUGGAAAUAUCCCUUGAAAUCAUGAAAGACCUUCCAGCCACUAGAGCGUGUCAAAAAAGUGGUCGAGACAAGGCGCAGAAACGUUUGAAACAGCAGUUGAAGGUCAGGUAACUUUCAAGGUGGUAGUGUCAGGAAUUUUCCCCAUAUUGCUUGCUGUUGUUGCUGUUCUCUUUGUUGUUACUUUGAAUCAUUGAUAAAACACGAGUCAUCAUAAAAUGCGCAAACGUACAGUCCUCUCCAUAAUGAAUAUAACACGAAGGACAAACAUAUAUAGCAGCAAAUCAUCAGCCUAUGAGUGAAAUAGUAGUUAAGAUUACCAAGCAUUAUGUUCAUAUUUAUGUGUUGUGCAUUCAGAUCAUUCUAACGUCUUUAUGUGCGCAACCUGUGUAGGGGUAGUAUUAAUGAGGUGAUUUCCAUUCCUUGAGUAUGCAGUGAAAGCUUUGUGAGGCGAAAUGAGCUAUAACCAGUAGUCGAUCUGACCCUCUCAUCAGAAAUUAUGUUCGUAUUCAGAAACGCUUUGCUUCCUCACACUGACUAUUUUCAAAGGAUACAAAGAUGACAAGCCGAUCUCUAAAGACUAUUUCUCCUAUUCAUAAUGCAGAAAUCCUCUUAAUCUAUCACUAGCAUAGUAAAAAUACUUAUAAAAAAACAUUGGAACUUCAACUAAGGCUUUAGAAAUUUGUAUAGAUGCAGUACAGAGGUGUUUCAUAAUAUAAUCCAUAGAAAAUGCCUCUAUUUGUUUUAAGAUACGCUGGAGUGGACUAUAGGAUGAUGCCCGCCCUCUCCAGCUUUUUUUUCUUUCAAUAACAGCGCGGAAAUUCAUGUGCUCACACUCACCAUAUUUACGGGUACUUUAAUUGACGCAGGACAAGUGGUGUACCUCCCGCUGCUCCGCGUGUUAAUGUGUAGUUGACCGAAAACAAUGAAAAUAGAUAUAUGUAUAGAUAGAUAAAUAAAGAUAGGUAGGUAAGCAGAUAGAUACUGUACAUAGAUUGCUAAAUAGAUAGUAGAUAGAUAAAAAGCUAGGUAUUAGGUUGAUGUUAUAGAUAGAUAUGUAGAUAGAUAGACAGAAAUAUGCCAAAAAUAAGCGAACGAAAAAUAAAUAGAAUAACGAUAGGAAAAUACAAUACGUAGUUGCCCAAGAAAUAGUGAACAUGAAUCAAAAAGCAAAAAAAAAAAGUAAUAAUAAUAAUAAUAAAUAGAAUAGAUGAAUGGAUAAAUAGAUAAAUAAAAGAUGAAAGAAAAGAUCCUAGGCAGAAACAAAACACGUGACUGAAAACACACCACACUCUUGUCAGGAAAGCAGGACCAGUACCACCAUCCCAUCCCCUCCAACCCCGAAACCCACCCAACCAAAUCUCCCCCUAACAACUCUCCCCCCACCCCUCCAACAACCUCUACCCCAUCCUCCGCCAGCUGCUGCAGGGUGAGGAGCUAGUCACGGGAGGGGAGGGGAGAAGGAAUUACAAAAUCUUAUCAUAAUUACAAUGGAAAAUAUGGGGAAAAAUUAUGACUUACAGCGAAUAGUUACACACACACACACACACACACACACUACACAGACACAAAACACACACACACACACACACACACACACGUAACGGCACACACCACACAGACACAGACACAGACACAAGCAUAUGCAAAGAGUAACAACAAACAAAUAAUUCGUCGUGACCAAAACGUGAUAAGGUUAAUUUAGAAGAACUUACCAUGAAAAAUAAAUAAAUAAUAUGGGAGAAAAAAGAAGAAAGAGAUAAAGUUGAGGUAUUCCAAACAAUACGUAUAUUUCCUGCAGUUUUGUUCGUACAGGAAAUAAAAAAAAAUAUAUAUAUAGACACGAGAGGAAAGGAAAAGUUCAAUUAUUAACAAACAAUACGUAUAUAUAUUUCCUUAACCCCUUCAGUACCACGACGCGUUUUCAUAUUUAUUCUGCUCACUAUUUUACGAUUUUAUACAAGUUCAGAAACUUAUGGAGGGAUUAAAAUGAUGAAGACUUUGGCCAUUAAUCUUCUGACCUCCAUAGAUUCUUCCUAAUGUAAAUAAAAUCGUCUAACCACACCCAGAAUUCAAGAUAAAAAUGUAACCCAGUAUUUAAAUUUGCAAAUGAGAUAAAUAGGAAACAAAUAAACAAACAACCAUUACCAACACGGAAAUGAUCAAUGAAACAGAGAACAGGAACAACAGAGAGUGAAUGACAAUAAAUUCCUAUAUAUUUCACCCAAGACACUGAGGAGAACUCACGGCACAGCAACACACGCAAACCCUCCUCUGACCUGCCUGAUCUACCUCCCCCCCUACCGCGACUGUUUAGGACUUGUCUAGACUGCUUACGAGGCAUACGAUGUUGCCUUGUUUUAUCUACAGGUGUGUCUUGCAAUUUACAAUGUCUCUCAAUUUUUCUUAUCUGGUACUUUGGUAAUAUAAAAGAAAAAUGCAACGUGGAGCGAGUAAGCGUGAGUGUGAGAGGCCUGUGGGGUGAGGAAUGCAUGACGUCAACAUGUAAGAAGGACACGAACACUGCAUUGUUACCAAACGUUUCAAUGUCAUGUCUCGGAAAUACUUUUGGCAUAAGGUUGUGGUAGUAGUUUUUAAGACUUUCUAGUGUGUUUUCAUUAUUCUAGUGAUAUUUCAAUGGAUUCUUCACCAGGAAAGCGGAAAAAAAAUCGCGAUAAACUAGCUAGUUAUUAUAGCAGUUUUUAGGCAUAAUGCUCUUUAAGGGAACAUAAGCGCUUCAGAAUAGUUUCAGAAUACGUGCCUUUGUGUGCAUCUUUGUGUGAGUGUUAGGAGUCCUUACUCAGUAUUAGAAAGAGGAUGCCUGUGUACGAUGAUGAUGAUGAUGAUGGUGAUUGUUAUUUUAUAUCUGACGCACCUCAGUAAAUGUCUGAGAUGGAUUACAGUACGAGUAAUAUAUGUAUAGCGAGUCGACUGUUGGACGAUACAAAUGGUCACUAUUUUUUUUUCUGGACAUAAGCAGGCAUGACUAAAGUGCCUUGCCUUCACUCCCGGCUAAGGGAACACACGGGCGAACCACGUUGCUUGCACAUGGUGUCUUCUUUUUCCUUCCUUUCCUCAACCGCCCCUCCCCUCGUCAGCGUCUCCUUGGCUCCAACACCUCAAUGUGACCUGACAAACGUGAUAUGCAACACACACACACACACACACACACACACACACACACACACA